AUGGGACCACCAGAAUCGCGCUGGAUGAGCUUUAGAGUGGGCCGUAAAUCGGUAACAGCCCGCCAAUUGCCGCACGGAGGCGCUAACAGCCAAGGAAGAGAGCACAUCCGCCCUGACAUCCGCACUCGAAACGGCCGACGCGAAAACGACGCCGCCGACUUUACGAGCGACCCAGCCGACACCGCGGCCCCGACCUAUCCCGAUAUCUUUACUGCCGAUUUCAUGGGAGUUUUAUCGCUCAAGUUCAAUGCUGCGACUCGAGGGCGGCCGUUAAGGGACAGUCGCGCUGUUGUCCUCGACAUGUGCACUCGGUUUACACAAGCCCGGCGGCGCAAUCAACAGCCUCUC